AUGCUCUCGCGUGUUCUUGGGGCCGUCUCGUCGGGGGUCUCCGUCCCUGCGACUGUGGGAGGAAGUGGGCAUGCAGAAGAUGUGCGGCAAAAGUCUGCUCUGCACAAGUGCAACAUGGCUGGAAAACCUGCUGCUGUUACUCGUGUUGUGGACAGUAUGACGGAUAACCUAAGGCCUACUUGUGCAGAUGCAACUGAUGUGGCAAAUGCGGUGUUGGAUGGUAGUGAUGCCAUUCUCCUUGGUGCUGAGACUCUCUGUGGGUUGUAUCCAGUUGAGACUAUUUCAACGAUAGGCAGAAUUUGUGAUGAGGCUGAGAAGGUCUUCAACCAGGAUUUGUAUUUCAAGCGAACCAUGAAAUACGUGGGAGAACCCAUGAUCCACUUGGAGUCUAUUGCUUCCUCUGCAGUACGGGCUGCUAUUAAAGCUAAUUGCCAAGUACAGCCCCACCAUGCCAUUCCUCAUCUAAAAACAAAUCAAUUGAAGUGGAGCUUCACAAGCGCAUUUGAAGCGAGACAAUCACUCAUAGUUAGAGGCCUCUUUCCCAUGCUUGCCGAUCCACAUCACCCGGCUGAAUCUACUAGCACUAGAAAUGAAUCAGUGUUGAAGGUUUCUCUUGACCACGGCAAAGCAUCCGGUGUGAUCAAGUCGCAUGGCUUACCUUAGCCAGAAUUUCUAUAAGAAUGUUGCUGAUGUUACAUGCCUUGCUUUCUCUAGACGAAGAUCUGGAUCACCCUCGCCCCUCUAGAGAAAUCAGUUUACUCAUUCAAGUUCUGGAAAUUCUUUAUAGCUUUUUGAGUUUACUUCGGUCUUGCAUGCAUUAGCUUUUUGUUUGUGCCCCUAUCUAUGUAUGUUUCUUGUGUGCAAGUGCUCCAUUCUGUGUGUGUGUGGCUUGACUCUGUAUGUGUGGCUUGACUGUGUGUGUGGCUUGACUCUGUGUGUGUGUGGCUUGACUCUGUAUGUGUGGCUUGAUUGUGUGUGUGCUUGACUCUCUGUUUGUGUGACUCUGUGUGCUUGACUCUGUGUGUGUGUGAAUGUUGCAUUUGCUUGAUGGUGUGGCCUGUAUGCUUGAAUGAUGAUUGGUGUGGUUUAACACUGCCUUUGCCGGUCCCAAGCCCGGAUGUGAAAAUGUGGAGGGAGCUGCAUUUACCUCCUUUGUAUUAUAUAUAUUCACCUUCUGAAUUUUGUGGCUGAUGGCAUUCUAGUUUACCUAGAUGGUUAGCUUGUUAAUUAGUUUUGUGCAUGCAAGACUUGAAAUCUAGCUGAUGUAGUGUUUAGUUUCUGUGCAUGAUAAAUGGUUUUGUUGUGCACCUUUUUAAAGAUGUGGCCCGUUUUCCCCUCUAUUUUCGUCUUUUGGAUGUUAACUAGCAUUUGCUGUGUUUCUGAAUUGAUUAUCUGUUGUAACAUAUGGUAGCAUAUAUAGUUCAGAGAUAAAUGUCUUUGUUUGCAGCAGUACAUUUUAUUCAUUCCAAUGGUGAUUUUGUUACUGGUUUUUGUGUGUUGGAACUCUUGCGGAAGUUCUCUGUACCCCAGUACCAAUGUAUAUCUAUUUCAGUGUCAUUUUGUACUAUAACAUUAU